GAUUUGACCCUCCAAGUAAAUUACUAAUGAAGCGAUAGAAGCAAGCAUCGGCGUUGGGCGUGGGAAGUGAGGAUCCAAUCUCCCGUAACAAAGCCCAGAGACCAGAGUCGUCCAAAGGCAAAAACCCUUCAUCAUUGACGACCAAAGCUUCAACGACUUCAACCAUGUUGCAAUUCCUUCAUACUUACAAGAAUCUAAUCAGCCAAAUCUCACUCUCUAUUUCCCUUACUCUCCUCCUCAUUUUCCUCAAGAUUCCCAUUUUAUUCCUUCAAGGCCUCCACACUUACAUCCACCCUGAUAAUCUUGCCCAACAAAAUGGUGUCAAAGCCGCUAUUCGAAGACCCUCCUCCACAUCAGAUUCACCUUCUGGCCUUGACGGCUAUCAGAAUUUGUCAUCCAAGACUAGUACCGACUUUAAAAGGAGAAAUAAAUCCAAGGAAAAGUUCGAGUUCGAUGAGAACAAUGCCCAGAUCUUUAGGUUGAAGCUCGAUGAAGCUCAUCUUCAAUCUCGCCUCUACUUCCACGAUUACUGGUAUUCCUUUAUUUGCUCAUCAGUUGCACUUUCUUGCUUGUUGCUUUAUAAGUAUUUGGAUGUGGUUGAACAUGAUGGGAUCUUUGCAAUUGGAUCUUUAAUUCCACUGAUUUUAGGAUUUGCUGGCUUAUCCAAAUUAUUUUUAUCGUUAGCAAGAGCCUCGUUAGAGAAAUCUGCCUCGAAGAGGUCGGACAAACAAUUGAGUGCGCUUUUGGGGAUUCUGGCCUUCCUUUUUGGGCUUAUGAUUUGUUCAGGAGUUUUUCAUUCGGUUUUUGACUUCGAUUUUGGUUCAGUUGACGGCUAUGGAAGGGUUUUUGUUGCAUUUUUAAUGGGAUGCCUUGCUGGGUUUAUGUACAUGCCAGCGGCCAAGAAUGCACGGGCAUUUUGGCUUGGAACAGAUCAGCUUAGGUCUAAUAUGGCUAUGAUUUCCUGUGGAUGGUUUGCUAGGAUCAUCCUAUAUGCCAAUUAUUUGUUGUCUUUUUUCACAGCAUUGCUUUGGAUUAAUCCAUUAGGUGAUUUUCUUAUCAGCAAAACCAUUGUUUAUAGUAAAAGAACAUAUUCAAAUUCAAGCAGCAGUGCUGGAGAUGCUAACAAGUUAGUUGGGAAUGUCGGUUUUACGCAAUCAGAGUUUUCAAAGUUUAGGCUUUGGUGCUUGUUACUUUCGGGGCUUGUCCAGAUUGUGGCUUUACGGCCAAACUUGCAAAUGUAUUUGAAUGAAGCAUUGUUGUCUUGGUACCAGCGGUUGCACGCCAGCAAGGUUCCAGAUUUGGAUUUCAGCAGAGCUAAGGUUUUUUUGCACAACCACUACUUAUGUCUUGUAGUUUUGCAGUUUUUAGCACCACCAACUCUAGCACUUCUCUUCCUUGGUCUAUCUCAGAUUGGUAUCCCAUUUAAGAAUUUACAAUUGUUAUGCAGUUUACUUCCUUGUACUGCUUUUGUGAAAGAAGUGACUUUGCUUAUGGCCUGGUGGGUUAUCUUUCUUUGGGCAGUUUUUACUUCAGCUAGUCUAUUCUUGUACCGUCGUGGCAUUUUGUAUGUUUCUUGAUUGAUUUUAAUGUUUUUCCUGGUGGACUUCAAUGCUGUGUCUGGGACUACAAUUUUUGUCUAAUUAUGAGUGAAGAGAAUUUGUUUGUAACAGAUUCUUACUCUAGUUAACAGAUACAGUUCAAUGCAAUGAGAUACAAGAACAAUUUUCAGAA